CUGAACAGCGGCCAAUCAGAGCGCUGCAUCGCAGAGGCUGCGCAUGCGUAGAGCCGUACGGCGGAAACCGCGCAGCCGUACGGCGGAAACGGCGCCUAGGCGCGGCGGCGUUUUACCGGCGGCAUGCAGGCGGCCCUGGAGAUCACAGCGCGUUACUGCCGCGACGAGAUGGAGCAGUACGGGCGGUGCGUGGCCGCCAGCCCGGCAUCGUGGCAGCGCGACUGUCACGGGCUGCGCCUCAGCAUUUCCCGCUGCGCCGCCGCGCACCCCAUCGUGCAGCAGAUCCGGCGGGACUGCGCGGGGCCGUUCGCCGCCUUCGAGCAGUGUCUGAAGGAGAACGAAGCCGCCGUCACCAACUGCAGCGACCACGUCAACGCCUUCCUGCUCUGCGCUGACCGGGUGAAGGGCUCGGCCUGAGGAGUUCAAGUUCGUCCUCAGGAGCGAAUGAACAACCUUCCUGUGCUCUGAGUGUGGUCCCAGCGCUUGGCCCGGUUGGGUUUUCCCCUCUGGGAAGUGAAGUUGUGGUUGUCUUGGUUUCCUGGAGUCUGGGCGGCCGUUCCUGGGCCGUCAGCGCCCACGUGCCCUCAACGCCGGGUUUUGUCUGCCCGGUUGCCUCUAAAAACCUUGGGAGUAAAUAAACAACACAACCGUCUCGAAGCGACACACGCGGAUCGGCAGCAGAUGCCUUGAAUAAGAACCAGAAGCUAAAACCAGCCCAGUCUAAAGCCCAGUCUAAAGAACCAGAAGCUAAAAGCAGCCCUUACGUCUAUUUUCGCGGUCUGUUCGUUGACGCUUCCUUCGGUAAUUAAGCACAAUAUUAAAAAACAAACACCCACACACACUUUUCAAGAUCCGAAACCACUCGUGGUUUUUCCCGCUGGUGAUAGAAGCUGCUCCCUGAGCUGGACUGAGGUUUUUUUGACUUAAUCUCCCGCUUCAAAUCAUCCCGCGCAGGUCCCGGUUUUUGGGGGGGUGUGCGGGGUUGUGGUCCCGGCUCUUCUGCUGCUUUAGAACAGCAGAGGGAGUCUUGGAGACGGCAGGAGACACGCGGAUCCCGGAGCAGCGACCGCUCCAUCCACAGCGCGACGGAGACUUUCCGAAGCGGAGGGGGCGCCCGCCUUGUCCUAACAAAGCCCAGCUCUAAGGAGAGGUGGUUUGUGGGCUGGAACUGCCGCAAAACAGAAUUAAAACAAUGCAAGAAAACAA